GUGUAGACCGCAGUUGAGUUUGGGUAUUUAAGCAGGGGAGUCUCCUCGUGUUUGAGCACCAGAAAUCCUUUCUUUUUCUUCUCCAUUCCCUUAGAACCUCUCUCAAUUUCUCCUUUCCUUCUCUUAUGAUCUAGACUGGAGCACCUUGAAAGGCGCUCGAAGAUCAUUCGGUAAGCCAGCAAGAUGGUGAAGAUCUGCUGCAUUGGAGCUGGCUACGUUGGUGGCCCGACCAUGGCGGUGAUUGCCCUCAAGUGCCCCUCCAUCGAGGUGGUCGUCGUUGAUAUCUCCGUCCACCGGAUUGCAGCAUGGAACGGCGAUCAACUUCCAAUCUACGAGCCCGGCCUCGAUGACGCAGUGAAGCAAUGCCGCGGAAAGAACCUCUUCUUCAGCACUGACAUCGAAAAGCAUGUCUCGGAGGCCGACAUCAUCUUCGUCUCCGUGAACACCCCCACCAAAACCCGCGGCCUUGGAGCAGGCAAGGCUGCUGACUUGACCUACUGGGAGAGCGCUGCUCGCGUGAUCGCCGACGUCUCCAAAUCCGACAAGAUCGUCGUCGAGAAAUCCACAGUCCCCGUCAAGACUGCAGCGGCCAUCGAGAAGAUCUUGACUCACAACAGCAAGGGAAUCAACUACCAGAUCCUCUCCAACCCGGAGUUCCUUGCGGAGGGAACCGCCAUGCAGGAUCUGUUCAAGCCCGACCGUGUUCUCGUUGGUGGCCGGGAGACUCCAGAGGGCCGCAAGGCCGUCCAAGCACUGAAAGAUGUGUAUGCCCAUUGGGUACCCGAAGACCGGAUUCUGACCACUAAUCUGUGGUCUGCGGAACUAUCGAAACUUGCAGCCAAUGCUUUCCUGGCACAGAGGAUCUCCUCGAUCAACGCCAUUUCCGCACUCUGUGAAGCCACCGGAGCUAAUGUGUCUGAGGUGGCCUACGCCGUGGGGAAGGAUUCCAGAAUCGGCCCCAAGUUCUUGAAUGCUAGCGUUGGAUUCGGAGGGUCCUGCUUCCAAAAGGACAUCCUCAAUCUGGUCUACAUCUCUGAAUGCAAUGGUCUGUCAGUGGUGGCCAACUACUGGAAGCAGGUCAUCCAGAUCAACGACUACCAGAAGAACCGCUUCGUGAACCGGGUGGUGUCCUCCAUGUUCAACACGGUGUCGGGCAAGAAGAUUGCCGUGCUCGGGUUUGCUUUCAAGAAGGACACCGGGGACACGAGGGAGGCCCCCGCCAUCGACGUCUGCAAGGGCCUCCUGCGGGACAAGGCCACGAUCAGCAUCUACGACCCCCAGGUGACCGAUGACCAGAUCCAACGUGACCUCGCGACGAACAAGUUCGACUGGGAUCACCCGGUGCACCUGCAGCCCAUGAGCCCCACGGCCGUGAAGCAGGUGAGCAUCGCGUGGGACGCGUACGAGGCCGCCAAGGGGGCGCACGGGGUGUGCAUCUUGACGGAGUGGGACGAGUUCAAGGAGCUGGACUACCGGAGGAUCUACGACGACAUGCAGAAGCCAGCGUUCGUGUUCGACGGGCGCAACGUGGUCGACCCGGAGAAGCUGAGGGCGAUCGGCUUCAUCGUUUACGCCAUUGGGAAGCCACUGGACUCGUGGCUCAAAGACUUGCCUGCCGUUGCAUGAUAGAAGCCCUCAGCUCAGAAGGGAACGUAGCAAUGAUGAUGCAUUUUUGUUAUGAUUACUGUUUUAUUUUCUCCGGAAUUAGUGUUAUGUUUCUUUCACCUCUUCGAGUGAAGAUACAAUGUAGUUAUGUCUUUUAUCGGAAUAGAAUU